AAGCCGGCUACUAAAUUAUUCUUUGGCGGCGACAUGGAGAACCGCCGAGAAGAAUUCAAGAGGGAGUUCUGCAAGUCCACGAUCAAUCUGAAUACAUUGGUCAAAGAUCUUGACGCAAGACUACUGAGCAAGGAGGUCGAGAAGGCCCAAAUCCUUGAAGCAGCGAUCCCCGAGAUCGAGGCCCUUUCCAAAAAACAUCCAUUGGCUAUCGAUUCAGCUUCACGCUUUGACAAGCUCAUCAAAGCGACCGCGCAAUACAACAAGCAGCAUGCCAAGAUGGGUGAUGACCUACGCUUACACAGAAGGAUCCUGAAGAAACAGUUGCAGCUUUGCCAAAGCCAGGCGAAGCUGGUAGCGCAGAGGCUUGUCAAAAAGAGCAUUGAACAAUCAGCAUCUGAUCAAGAGCUCAGGUCAGAUGUUAAUAAUGGCGAGCAAGACGGUGAUGAUCCCAUGGAUGAUAAACCUGAUCAUUCCUGGCUGGAUACUUUCUGGAAAUGA